AUGAAUCCUUCACUACUCUACCAUAAGCUCUUUGAAAUACUCUUGAUUUACGUUUUACCAACCAUUCUACUAUUCGUCAUCGUCCACUUGCUUUUCUCAAAGAAAUUUCGACUAGUAGCAAUCAUUGGUGUUAUGAUCUUAGCUUUCUUACCUUCAGAAGUGACUUUUAUAAUCUGUCUAUUUCUUCUCGUCUUUUCUAUCCUUGCAGGAUUCUUAGCUUUCUGUUUCUUCGCCAACGAAAUCAUCAACUUCGAUAGAGACCUUGACGAAUUUCCCCCUUCUUCUAUCCCCAUUAUCAUUGUUACUCCUCCUACUGAAUCUCAUUUUACAAAUUUACCUCCUCGAUAUUUCCAACAAAAUGCGGUCUUCCUUAUGGUCAUUCCUAGAUCUAUCCUCAAAAAAAGAAACAAAUCUAGAUUUCGUUCUCCCAAAGGACGUCGGGGAUCGAAAUGA